UCUUCAUUAGGGCUCGAUCGAAAAUCUAGGUCGGAUUAGCUGGUCAAAGUUCAAAGUGUCAAGAUUGUGUGCUUGCAACUGUGCAUGUAGUGGUCACUCGCCAAACAGCUUCUCCCGAAUUAUUGGUGCAGUUUGACAACCAUGGAUCCAUUGGUUUCUGCCUUCGUGGUCUUCUAUCGGCGCAUGGUCAUCUUCGUCGAUAUCAUUCUAUUUUUCAUCAAUGCGAGUCUGGCAUUCUUGAGGUCGUUCUAUCGAUUGUUCGUCAAUCGACCUCAGAGGAACAUUCAUGGUGAAAUCGCUCUUAUUACUGGGGCUGGCAAUGGUAUCGGUCGACAUCUUAGUCUCCAACUCAGUAAACUGGGGGUCAUUGUCGUGGCCGUGGACGUGAACGAGGAACACAAUAAUGAAACGGUAGACAUGAUCAAACGCCACGGGUUUCCGGCCUUCGGAUACAAAUGUGACAUCUCCAGUCGCGAGCAAGUUGAAGAGUUGGCUCGUGAAGUCAAGAACGAUGUGGGCGAUGUGACCAUACUGAUCAAUAAUGCGGGCAUUCAAAUCAUCCGCCCAUUGGGACAAUACACCCCUAGUCAGAUUGAAAAGACAGUGGCUGUCAACCUGUUAGGUCAGUUAUGGAUGGUUCGAGCGUUCUUACCUCGCAUGGUCCAAAUGGAUCGCGGAUCGAUUGUGUCUGUGGCAGCUUUGGGAGGCUACGGCGGGUUCCCAAACAUGAUCCCUUUUUGUGCCAGUAAAUUUGCAGUUCGUGGUUACAUGGAAUCGCUCUACUUGGAAUUGAGACAAGAGCGUCCCAAUCAUAAUCUUCAUCUCAUGACCGUGGCUCCAUUUAUUGUGGAUACCGGAAGGGUGAAAGGGGCGCUUAUCAGGUUCCCUGGUCUCAUCAAUAUUGUCAAGGCCGAGGAUGCUGCUCGAACCAUUAUAGUGAGCAUGCGUCGCGGGGAAACGGUGCUCUUCCUGCCUGGGAUCUACUACUACAUUCAAAACUUCAUUCGAAUCCUGCCUCUUCGUGUUCAAUUGCUAAUUACCGACUUUGUGGACACGGGGGUUGAAAUUCACUACGAUAACCAUGAUGGUACUUACUAAGCAUGUUUUCAAGAAAUCAUAUUAUAACAAAGAGCGCUUUUAGCUUC